AUGAUCAGCGCGUUCCUUUCGCUGCUCUGGUCGCUGUUGGGCUGGGUCCUGAGCCCAGUGACGCUGGCUGUUCUGGUGGCCGUCAUCGCCUUCGCCUACCGCUUCUACACUAAGGACUACGACUACUGGACCAAGGGGUUUGAGAAGAUGAUCAUCAUGCUGAGUGGGAAGGAAUGGAAGGACGCGCGGACGGUGCUGUCGCCCAGCUUCUCUGCCAGCAAGCUCAAGGCCAUGCACCAGCUCUGCCUGGACAACGCGGUCAACCUUGCCGGGUAUUUGCGGGAAGAGAUGGCGGCGAAUGGGGAGGUACAACUGAAGGACGCCUUCGGUCGUUUCACCAUGGACAACAUUGCCUCCAUCGUCGCGCAAUCGCUCCUCUUCUUCGUCGCCGGCUAUGACACGACGGCCUCGCUGCUGACGUUCGCCGGCUACUCGCUGGCCACCAGCCCCGACAUCCAGAGCGCUGUUCAGCGUGAGAUCGACGAGGUGCUGGCGAAUUGUCUGGCCGAGACGCUGCGCCUGUACCCGCCGGCACUGCGUCUCGAGCGCUGCUGCACCAAAGACUACGUCCUCCCCGGCACAGACCUGCUCAUCAAGCGCGGCAUGAUCGUCGGUAUGCCAGUCCUCGCCAUGCACCGCGACCCGGACCACUACCCGGACCCGCUGCGCUUCGACCCGGACCGCUUCCUGCCCGAGGAAGGCAAGCGCCACCCGUGCGCCUACAUACCGUUCGGCAGCGGGCCGCGCAACUGCAUCGCCAUGCGGUUCGCGCUGUUCGAGGCGAAGGUGGCGCUGGCGGCGGUGCUGCGCGAGAGCUCGCUGGCCACCGGGACCGCGCACGCCACCGCCGCCCCUGCCCCACCAUCCGUGCUCCUUCCUGCUCUCGCCCAAGGACCCCCCGUUCCUCAAGGUACUGCCCCGAUGAGCGGCUGA